AUGGCCGCCUGUAUCUUCUGCAAAAUCAUCCGGGGCGAGAUCCCUGCAUUGAAGAUCUUCGAGAGUGAGAAGACGCUCGCGUUCCUAGACAUUGGACCUCUCAGCAAAGGCCAUUCUCUCAUCAUUCCCAAAUACCACGGCGCCAAACUCCACGACAUCCCCGACGACCAGCUCUCCGAGGUGCUUUCCGUAGCAAAGAAGAUUGCGCUUGCACAGAAUUUGGAAAACUAUAAUCUUCUGCAAAACAAUGGGAGGAUUGCGCAUCAGGUUGUGGAUCAUGUCCACUUCCAUGUGAUUCCGAAACCGAAUGAGACUGAGGGAUUGGGAAUCUCGUGGCCGACUAAGCCAGCGGAUAAGGGCGAGCUCCAGAAGUUGUUGGAGGAGAUGAGAUCGAAGAUGUGA